GCACAUGGCAGGUGCUUUCGAGGUAGGAAGAGGUUUAGCUAAUUAUUACAACAGGCAUCACAAAUAGUGCAUAUAACAAAACAAAAUGAAGGUUCGGUUUUAGAAAGUUUGGUCCUUCACUUGGACCCCUAACCACCACACCUCCCAUAAUAAAACUUUUUACCAAAAACUCAUUAGUGGAUAAAUAAAUUGAAACAUAUACAAUCGCAUAUAGAACUACAUUCGAACAGUGUUUACAAUACACUAUCUAACUAACAUAUUGUUCUAAAACUUUUAGCAAUUCAAAAUUGGCAGUGCAUUAUCAUCUGAAUGCAGUUUGGCCUGCCUUGAAAUAGAGGUUACCAAUCUACAAAUGUGUAGAUCCAACUCCAUUAAAGUUCAUACAGAGACAAAAAUAUAGACAAAUAGAAACUAGUUGGUACUCAUGAAAAACUCAAUUUACCCACAUGAUUAGCUUUUGAAUAGAAUGGCCAACCACAUUGUUGUAUCUAUCUAAUUGUUUUUCUCCAUAGAGACUUAUUUAUCUUAGAACCUUGCAUUUACCGACUUCCAACUCAUUGAGUCACAAAGCAAAGAUAUUUGUGCCUUUUCACUUUGUCCAUCAUAAUCACCCAAACCUGGAGACCUUUUUCCAUUCAUAUUUAUAACUACCAACCAGCCUAAUUUGUUAAGUGAGAAAACUUGGUUAUCAAAUUAAGAAUAGAGUCAAAAUGAAGUUGUUUCAAUGGGUGCAUCGAAAACUUCGGCAAAAUAUUGAUCCCGUCAAGGACUUCACCCUUGGAAAUCCUUGUGCUGGUCUUACUGUGCAGCUAACAGUUAACAACCAGCACUCUCAGAGAAAGUCAAGCUUCAGUUCCAUUAACCAUUCCUGUUUCUUAAAGCCGCACUAUCAGGAAAGUCAAACAUGUUGGGGCAGAGAAGAAGAAAUAUCAUCUGCAGCCAUAUCUGAGCUCUUUGAAGGCUUUCUGACAAUUGGAACACUUGGUGCAGAGGCAAUUACCAACGAGCCAGCAACACCAACAUUUGCUACGCCUUUCGAAAACCUACCUAUGAAAGAUGCAGACGUGACAGAGACUGAACUGAAGCUCAUAAGUUACGAGCUUGAGAAAUUUCUUGAGGCUGAAGAAGAAUGUUUUUAUGAAUCAUCAAGAAAAAACUGUCUUAGCAACAUCCCACUAAAUGGAACAGAUGCUGACGAUUAUGGAAACGAGGUUGUAUGUCCACUGCAAGGAUAUUUACUGGGGUCAUCGUUCAAAAUACCAGAGAAAGUAGAAGUGAGGGAAGAGUGGGCAACACUUGCUGAGCUAUUUCAAAGGACAAAGACAACAAAAGAAGACUGUAUAGAGACAGGAGCAAAAGAGAAACAAGUCAAGCAAGCACACAUGUCUGCCAUGCAUAUCAUGAAAAAGAUGUGGAAAAAGGUCUACAGUUCCUCAAAAAGCUGUAGCACUGCCGGGAAUAUAGCUGAUUCUACUACAACCAAUGCAAAGCUCCGUAAGGUUCCACGCAAUUUUCACAGAAAAGUCUAUCUUAAAGACACCAUCAGUGCAAAAAGUGUUACUAAAUCCCACAAAGGUGACAAAGGAGACACCAAAAACUCAGAUCCUGGCAGAAGAUUUCAUUCAGAUAGCAAGUCAAAAGAGUGGUCUAAACACUGUGAGACCAUCUGGAACCCAUCGCAAGAUGGCUUAAGUUGCAGUGGUUCGACUGGGAACAAUGAGCACUGGAUCAAAACAGAUGCCGAGUAUUUGGUACUGGAGCUGUAGCAACUACGCUGUACGAGAGUAUUAAUAAUUGAGCCGCUUUAAGAGACUUCUCAACAGCAGUAUUUCAUUGUGUGAUUGUGUUAUGGAUGUACUUUUAAGUGGAAACUGAUAAUACAGUCCAUAAACCUGUGUUUUAUGAAAUCUUCCAAAUAAGUAGACACUCUUCUACAGUCAAUCCUAAUUGGAAUCUAGUUUCGUGUG